UGCACGGAACCAGAUGCGGCGGCCCGGGUUUCCAGCCGGUGGCGGAGAGACUAGCACUUCCAGGGACUGGAGCAUGCGCGCCGAGGCGUGCGGGAACGCGUGCGGGGUCUCUUCCGGGGUCAUUUCCCGGGCCGGGUCCCUGCGGCGAGUGCGUCCCUGGUCUGGGCAGGCGCUGGUGCUGCGGGGGCGCAGGGCCGGGGAGGAGGCCAAGGUCUCGGGUGGCCGCCGGUCCAGACGCUGGACCGCAGCAGGAUGGUGAAGGCGAAGGUCCCCACCUCCAAGCGCGCCCCGAGCAGCCCCGUGCCUAAGCCGGGUCCUGUGAAGACGCUCACUCGGAAGAAAAACAAGAAGAAAAAAGGAUUUUGGAAGAGCAAGGCGCAGGAGGGAAGCAAGAGGCCGAGGAGCGGCCCAGGGGUUGUGGUCCGCCCUCCAAAGGCACCGGAAGACUUUUCUCAAAACUGGAAGGCUCUGCAAGAGUGGCUGCUGAAACAAAAAUCUCAGGCCCCAGAAAAGCCUCUUGUCAUCUCUCAGAUGAGUUCCAAAAAGAAGCCCAAAAUUAUCCAGCAAAACAAAAAAGAGACCUCGCCUCAGGUGAAUGGAGAGGAGAUGCUGGCAGGAAAAGACCCCGAGGCCAGCGGGGGCUCUGGCCCUUCAGGGUCCACUGUGGACAAGAAGGCGCUAGUACCUCACACCAAGGCCAGCGGAGCAGAGCACAGUAAGAAAGGAACCAAGGAAAGGACGACUGGUGACACUGGUCCAGAACGAGGGGACAUCAAGCAUAAGAAGCGGAAAGCUAAGGAGGCAGACCCAGCCCCACCCACCGAGGAAGACAUCUGGUUUGACGACGUGGACCCGGUGGAUAUCGAAGCUGCCAUAGGUCCAGAGGCAGCCAAGAUAGCGAGGAAAAGGCUGGGUCUGAGCAGCGGCAGCGGCAGCCUCAGCCUCGUGAAAGAGCAGGCCUUCGGCGGCCUGACGAGAGCCUUAGCCUUGGACUGUGAGAUGGUGGGCGUGGGCCCCAAGGGGGAGGAGAGCGUGGCCGCCCGUGUGUCCAUCGUGAACCAGUAUGGGAAGUGCGUUUAUGACAAAUACAUCAAGCCGACCGAGCCCGUGACGGACUAUAGGACAGCGGUCAGUGGGAUUCGGCCUGAGAACCUCAAGCAGGGAGAAGGGCUUGAAGUUGUUCAGAAGGAAGUGGCAGAGAUGCUGAAGGGCAGAGUUCUAGUGGGGCACGCUGUACAUAACGAUCUAAAGGUACUGUUUCUUGAUCAUCCAAAAAAGAAGAUUCGGGACACACAGAAGUAUAAACCUUUCAAGAGUCAAGUAAAGAGUGGAAGGCCAUCUCUGAGACUACUUUCAGAGAAGAUCCUGGGGAUCCGGAUCCAGCAGGCGGAGCACUGUUCGAUUGAGGAUGCCCAGGCAGCAAUGAGACUGUACAUCAUGGUGAAGAAGGAGUGGGAGAGCAUGGCCCGAGACAGGCAUCCCCUGCUGAGCGCUCCAGACCACUGCAGUGACAAUGCCUAGCAGCCCUGCCCUCUGCUGCUUCCACUCUCCUACAGAGGCAGUGUGACCAGUCACAGGGACGGAUCACAUCUCCCCAGAGUGGCAACUUCAGAAUCACACAGAAGGGCAUGGUGUGGGUGCUGCUGAGAGCAUGCUCCUCCCUCUUGACUUUGUGGUCUGA